CCCACCCACCUCUCUCUCUCUCUCUCCCCUUUGCAAGUUGCGAUUCCCAAAUCCCGAUGCCCCCUUGCAAUUAACACCUCCUGCUACAGCCUGCUUCCACCCGCCAUCUCAUCAUCCCCUCUCUCUUUCUCCGCCCAUCACGGCCCGCCGCCGACGACGCCCAUGACGUCAUCGUCGUCGCAUCACCACGACUGCGCCUCGUCCACCUCCUCCACCCCUCGCGGCAGCGUCAACGGCAACGGCAACUACCAGCACCCGCCGCCUCUGGCCCCUCCCUCGCAGGCGCAUGUGCAGCAGCAGCAGCCGCACGGGGGUCCAUGCGUGCGCCUCAUGUGCAGCUUCGGCGGCCGCAUCCUGCCGCGCCCGGGCGACCAGCAGCUCCGCUACGUCGGCGGGGAGACCCGCAUCGUCUCCGUCCCGCGCACCGCCUGCUACGCCGUCCUCGUCGCCGCGCUCGCCAAGCUCGCCCCCGCGCUCUUCGCCCCGGGCGCGCCCAACCCGACGCUCAGGUACCAGCUCCCGCAGGACGACCUCGACGCGCUCAUCUCCGUCUCCUCCGACGACGACGUCGACAACCUCAUGGACGAGCUCGACCGCGUCCACGGCCUCGCCGCCUCCGCCAUCAAGCCUCCCCGCCUGCGCCUCUUCCUCUUCGCCUCCUCGCCGCCAGACCACUCCUCCGCGGGCGCCUUCGGGUCCGUCCUCUCCGGCACCGGCGACGUCACCUCGGAGCAGCUGUUCGUCGACUCAAUCAACGCCCCCGCGCCGGGUUCCAUCGACCGCGGCCGAUCCGAGGCAUCGUCGAUCGUCUCGGAGAACCCCUCGAACCUGGACUACCUCUUAGGCUUCGACCCCACCUCUGACGAGCCCAGCCCCCGCAUGGACCCGCGGCCCAAGUCCGACAUGGAGAUGGCGCACGGCGAGGACUACGCGCUGGCACCCCGGCCGCGCACGCCUCCGUUCCCGUACGUCGCGGAGAGCGCGCCAUGGCCGGCCCCGCCUCCACCGUACAUGGGGCAGCCGGUGUACUACUUCCCUGUGCGCCCGGUCCACUACCUCGAAGCGGCUGGGCAGGGCGGCGGCUACAUGCCCGGGCCGGUUUACCACAUUGUCGGCGGGGGAGGAAACGAAGGCCCUGGAGAUCUCUACGCACCUGGAAGCGUCGGUGGCGUCUACGGCCUCCCGCACUCCGUCCAGCCAUUCCGUCCGAUCAUGUACGCGCCGCCCAGGCCCAGCGCGGACGUCUACCCUGCAGAGGGGAAGCCGCCGGAAGGUGGGUCCAACGCUUCCUAGGCGAAAGGGGAGGCAGAGCCAUGGCCGCGUUGGGCUGUUCCUGCAGCUGGUCAUGAGCCCUUGAUUCAGAUGAUUGAUUAUACCUGAGCUAAGAAUUUUGCGUUGCCGUGAGGUAAAUUUUCGUUGUUUAGAGCAUUCGCUGGUUUCUCUGGGUUGCUGUAUAGAUGAGGGAGGUGGAGAAGGGAUGGAUAUCACAAUUUUCGUCGAGUGAAAUAGAUUGUUGAGUUGUUACUACGAGUAAAUUUGGUGUGAUUGGUAGCAAGUUACUGUAAUACGGGAUUCAUAUAUUCUAGGUUGUUUCUAUCUGCGAAACACAUUAUUCUGCAUUUUGUGUCAUAAGCUUACUGUUCUAUAUGUUAACUCAAGCUUUGAUGUAAACGUUGCGUGUUUCGUCAGUGUGAAAGCUUAGUUUGAAACGGGUGCUGUACUGAAUUCAAUUUAGCCUUGAUCUUAUCUGUCACCUUUAUAUAUAAUACAAUUUGAUUGUUUCA